CACAAGCAAACCAGCCAAGACUCUCUAUCCUCAUACACGAUGCCCACAAACAACAGUGUCAAGAAAGCCCUCUCGCUAAUCGAGGCCGACGCCACCAAAGUGCUCGGCCUGAAUGUCGGCCAACAUAGGGAUGUGCAACCGGGCCAGUACAUCCCCCGAGCGGAUGCGCAAUCUCCCCCGGAACUAUCCUUCGGCAACCUCUCGCCAAGCAAGACCUACAUGGUCAUCGGCCUCGACAUCGACGCCCCCUUCCCUUCUUUCGGCGUCCUCGGCCCCAUCCUGCACUGGAUUCAGCCCGGCCUACAGCCCACUGCAUCAGAGACCGAUUCGAAUGUCUAUGUCCUGAAAGUUACGGCCCCGUUUGUGGCGAACUAUAUCGGUCCCGCCCCGCCGCCGGGGAGCUCGCCGCAUCGGUAUAUCUUCUUCCUGUACGAGCAGCCGGCGAGCUUUGAGGGGAAGAGGUACGCCCCGCCUGGGGGCCAGAAGUUGGGGAAUAUGCAUCGGAUGCGUUAUGAUCUUGAUGCCGCGGAGACGGAGUUUAAGCUGGGGUCGAUGGUGGCGGUGAAUUAUUUUACAAGUAAUUAAUGAGGGCUCGGGUGGUGC